AAAAUGCCUCAUUGAAAUCAUGGAAAAAGAAUUUUCCUAUCCAACAGCUGUAUUUUGCAUUAUCGCCACAGAAUUCUGCGAGAGAUUUUCCUUCUGUGGAUUGAGGACCAUUUUAUCCCUCUAUUUGAGGAAUAUCCUUUUAUUUUCCGAAAACGCUGCCACAGUGAUUUACCACGUCUUCAUAAUGGUCUGUUACGUUGUACCCAUGGUGGGAGCAUUCUGCGCCGAUAUUUACUUCGGUAGAUACAAGACGAUCAGAAACUUUGCUUUUAUCUACCUCAUUGGGAAUAUUCUUAUGUGCAUUGCGGCUGUACCAACCCUAGGAUUGCCCCCAACUUUAUUUUCAGCAAUCGGCCUGAGUCUAAUAGCAAUCGGAACGGGCGGUCUGAAGCCCUGCGUGGCUGCCUUCGGAGCCGAGCAGUUCGCUUUACCCGCCCAGCAGGACAUGCUCGUGCAUUUCUUCUCGAUAUUCUACUUCACCAUCAACCUGGGCGGCUUCGUAGGCAUGACUUUGACGCCUAUAAUGAAGAAAGCCGUGUCCUGUUUCGGAGAGGACACCUGCUACGCGCUGGGGUUCGGCUUUCCCGCUGCUCUCAUGAUGCUGUCCAUUUUAUUGUUCGUGGUUGGUAAGAGCUUCUACAAGCUGAAACCGCCCAAGACGAACAUCCUGCUGGAGUUCUUCAAGUGCGCUUGGUACGCUCUAGGGAUGAAGGUCAAGCGAAGAACGUACUCCGAACAUUGGCUGGACAACGCCAAAGGGAAGUUCAACGCCAAAUUGAUCGAAGACAUGAAAAUCGUCUGCUCGAUUUUGCUGUUGUACACUCCUUUACCCAUAUUUUGGUCCUUGUUCGACCAGCAGGGAUCCAGGUGGACCUUCCAGGCGUCCCACAUGAACGGAAACGUGGCCGGCACGCAAAUCACCCCGGACCAAAUGCAAGUGGUCAACCCCGUAAUGGUGCUGAUGAUAAUACCGGUGUUCGACAGGGUGUUCUACCCCUGCAUUUCGAAGUUCAACAUUUUGGAGAACUCCCUGCACCGGAUGGCCUUGGGCGGGAUCAUAGCGGGCCUGGCGUUCCUCACGGCCGGGCUGUUGGAGCUCGUGCUCGAGACCACCUAUCCCGAUUUGCCCGAUCGACAUCAAGCUUCCGUUAACGUUAUCAAUACCCUACCGUGCAACCUUAAGGUUUACAAUCCGUUUAAUGGCGUUCAAAGAAUUAAUGCAAGCGAAAUAUUUCGGUUUAAGAACGUGUUUACGCACAACUACUCUACUUAUACAUUGAGGGUUGAAGCUCCCUAUUAUUGCGGGGAUGUUUAUUUCAGCAAGCAUACGUUUGAUAUAAGUAUUAUCACCGUAGAAAGACAGAUCGAUUCGAUACUAAUCGGAACUGAUGAAUUCAACGCCAUCAAGUCGUUCAUCACCGAUCCGGUGGACUUUGGAAAAUCGCUGACGGGGAAUCCCAGAGUGAGGAUCGCGUAUAUCAGGAAUUCGAAUUAUUUUCACAACGUCACGAUCACGCUGAAGAGCGUCGCUGGAUUGGAAGAUGUCUAUUUCGUUCCGGAUUCGGUUCGAUCGGAUAUUGCGGUUUCGGAUUAUUUGGAAAUACCGCAAGGAGUUUAUGAAUGUCUCAUAAUGAGCGAAGAAAUGAAACAUUUGUACGAAAAGCAAUUCAAUUUGGCGGCCGGAGGGGUCUAUUCAUUGGCGAUACGGGAAAAUCGAGACGAAAUUGCGUUCGUGAAAUUGUUCACAAUGUCCGUUCCCAACACGGUGAACAUGCUGUGGCAAAUACCCCAAUACUUUUUGAUAUCCGUAGCCGAAAUUAUGUUCGGAGUCGCCGGUUUGGAAUUUUCAUUCACUCAAGCUCCCAAAUCUAUGAAAACCGUAACAAUCGCAGGGUGGUAUCUAUCUGUCGCUGUAGGAAAUCUACUGGUGAUAAUAAUCACUCAACUCAACAUGUUCAAAAGUCAGGCGUACGAAUUCUUCCUGUUCGCCUUACUGAUCGUGGCCGAUAUGAUGCUCUUUAUGGAGAUGGUAUCCAAUUAUCGGUUCGUGAAAGCGCAGGAAUCGUCUACUACAGUCGGAGAUGAGACGGCACCUUUCAUCGAAGUAAUUAAUUACGACGAGGAUAAUUACGAAUGAGUUACUUUUGCGAUAAUCAUCGAGCGAUAUUUGAGGAAUUCGAUCGCAUCGAUCAGGCCGAUAACGUUAGAACGAAAUUCUCGAAACUCUCGAACGUUUAUCUAUAAAAUUGAUCGAGUAAAAGUCCAAAAAAAGUUCAUUUUCUA